UUUGGGGUACCAAAAGGGCAAAGGGGAAAGUGAGUCCUGGUAAGCAUCUCCUUGGUACCUCGUCGACCGAUCUCCUCCGAUCUGAGCGACUCCUCGCGGCCGAUCUCACGCAUUCGCGGCGAAAGGGGUUUUCGGCUUGGUCUCUUAGACGAGUACAAGGGAGAAUUCUUGGCUGGCUCGUUCAUCGAACUCGAAACAAAAGAGCAGCUACUUCAACAAAAGAAGCAAUGCUACGAACAGGGCACAAGGAAACAGAAAGUCAUGAUAGCAACAACCAGAAGGUUUAUCCUCAACCAAUGGAUGACAGUGUAAAUCAAAACAAGAAAUCUAUGGAUGCACUUGUAUCAAAGAUCUUCAACAACAUUUCCUCUCUCAAAGCAGCAUAUAUGCAGCUCCAGAAUGCUCAUACCCCUUAUGAUCCAGACAAGAUCCAGGCUGCUGAUAAACUUGUUAUUGAGGAACUCAUGAAGCUUUCAGAACUCAAACAUUCCUAUAGGGAUAAAAAUCCCAAACUGACAUCAGCAUCACCUAAAGAUUCAUCCCUACUUGCAGAAAUUCAAGAGCAACAAAACUUACUUAAAACCUUUGAAGUAAUGGUAAAAAAAUUUCAGUCUCAGAUUCAAACAAGAGACGUGGAGAUUGUCCAACUGCAGCAACAAAUUCAGGAGUCAGGCCAGAGAAAGCUGAAAUUAGAAAAGAAACUUAAGCAGAGGGGUCUGCUCUCCAAGGAACCGGAAGGCUUUGAAGAAGAACACAAUUUCUUUUCCAUUGAGUUGACUCCAAACCUUUUCUCUUCUGCUGUAGAAACAGCAUAUAAAUCCAUCCAUGAUUUCUCAAAACCACUGAUUAACAUGAUGAAAGCUGCAGGGUGGGAUCUUGAUGCGGCAGCUAAUGCGGUUGAACAUUCAGUGAUCUAUGCAAAAAGGGCUCAUAAGAAGUAUGCAUUUGAAUCACACAUUUGUCAGAAAAUGUUCAGUGGGUUCCAGGAAGAGAACUUCUCAAUGGAACCAUCUGAACUCCCCAUUUCUCAUGAGGGUUUCUUCCGCCAAUUUCUCGCUAUAAGAGCCAUGGAUCCUCUGGAUAUAUUGAGCCAAAACCCGGACUCAGUAUUUGGUAAAUUUUCACGGAAAAAAUACCUAUUGGUUGUGCACCCUAAGAUGGAAGCUUCAUUCUUUGACAACCUGGAUCAGAGGAACUAUGUCAUGAGUGGUGGGCACCCGAGGACACCUUUCUACCAGGCUUUUCUAAAACUGGCUAAAUCAAUAUGGCUGUUGCACCGGUUGGCAAAUUCAUUUGAUCCCAAGGUCAAGGUUUUUCAGGUGAGUAAAGGAACGGAAUUCUCAGAGGUCUAUAUGGAAAGUGUUGUGAAGAACAUAAUUCUGGCAGAGGGAGAUUCCAAACCUAAAGUUGGGCUCAUGGUCAUGCCAGGUUUUAUGAUUGGAGGCAGCGUUAUACAAUCUCAAGUAUACCUUUCAGGUGUGAAGUGUGCCGAAUGAGCACCGAGCUUCGGUUUAUGCUUGUUCAGAGAGAAUUACCAUUCACUGCUCUUGUCGAGAUGCAGUUCCAUGGUUCCGAGGGGACCUAUGUUUGCUUAUGCUAUCUGCUGGCAAAGUGAUUCUCGAGGAGAUAAUUACUUUGUAUUCGAACACCACCAUGUAAUGUUGCUACUUCAAGGUUGCAAGUGUAGAUAUUAUAUUAGGUGCUGUUUGCUUGAUACUUGUGAUGUAUAAUUGACUCCAGGCCUACUAAUAGUUUUAAUUAGUUAUUUCGCAUUUUAUUCCGUCAA